AUGGACAACCGUCUGUCCAAGAUUGAUAGCUUUUGGCUCGCGGUGAAGCCGAUCGUUUUGGUUUCGCAAUUUUUCACUCUCUUUCCGGUGACCGGAGUUUAUUUUCCUGCGGGAAACAGUCAACCUUUGCAGUUCCGAUGGCCCAGCCUGAGGACAUUGUACUCGUGCAGUUUCCUGUUUCUCGGAGCGUUGACCAUUCUGGCUCAGAUUCAUCACGUCAUAAGGACCGCGGUUUCAACUUCUGUCAUAACCGAAAUUUUGUACUUCCUGUUGAAUUAUGGUGGAGCAAUUUGCUUCUUUGUGAUUGCAACUCGAUGGAAGACUAUCAUGAAGACCUGGGAACAAUACGAGGAUGUUUUCCUUCAUCCGCCCUACAAGACCAAAGGGUUCAGUUUGAAGACGAAAAUCCGCUUCGUUGGAUUUUCUGUGCUGAUUCUAGGAUUUGUUGAAGAUGUUCUCCACGUGGUUGCUUCCAUGCGCAGCAAUGGAGAAUUUAUGGAGCGUUGCACAAAUGGGAGCCACUUUUGGGAGCUAUUCUACCGCCGAGAGCAUGCCAAAGUGUUCCGCUACAUGGACUACAAUCUACCAAUGGUUCUGAUCGUCGAAUUCACCCACAAAGUUUACCUAUUCAUGUGGACCUUCAUGGACCUGUUCAUAACCCUGGUCAGCAUGGGCCUUUCGGUACGAUUUGAGCAGCUGUACAAUCGGAUAGAGCAUCAUAAGGGUAAAAUUUUACCGGAAGUCUUUUGGGCCGAAAUUCGUCACGAUUACACUCGGAUCUCGAAUCUGGUCGGCUACAUGGAUCGGGUGCUGUCUCCGAUGGUUGUCAUCACUUGUGCGUCCGAUAUCUACUUCAUAGCCUAUCAACUCUAUAUGUCGGUCCAAUUGAGUGUAGCCAAAUUUGGAGUGUUUUAUUUUCGAUAUUCAUUGAUUUUUCUGAUACUGAGAUCACUGCUGAUGCUACUUUCCUCAUCGCACGUUUAUGUGGCCUCCCGAAAGCCUUUGGCCAUUCUUCGAUCGGUUCCGAUGUCGUCUUGGAAUAUCACUAUCCAAAGAUUCACCAAUGAGAUAAAAAACAUUGACAAUGCUUUGUCUGGACAUAAGUUUUUCUUUCUAAAACGUGGUGUGAUUUUGGCUAUGGCUGGAACACUUAUUACAUACGAGUUGGUUAUGCUGAGCGAGGUUAAGCCGAACAGUAAUGGAGACAUUUGUGACAUACCAGAUCGGUUGUAAAGAAUAGUCAUCCUGAUGAGGU